UUAAGUAAGUAUUUAUUACAAUUCUCUACAUUUCUUUACAAAAAGCCUCCCUGAGAGCCUUUUCCGUAUCCAUUCCCUAACCCUAGAAAUUCAUUCUCUUCUUCCCUUUCGAUUACUUUGCUUCUUUGCAGCUUCACAAAAUUUUCCCUAUUUAUUGUGUAAUUUCGGAAAAAAUGUCGGGAUCUGAGACAGGAGUGAUGACGAGUAGAGAACCGUUCGCGAUCGGAGUUCAAACUUCACCGCAUAUGAUACAGAACAUGCGUCUAGCCUAUGGUACUGACGGAACAGCCGUAUACAAACCCGUCGCCGGCAGCCCUCCGGCGUACCAGUCCGCCGUGAGUGGCGGUGGCGGCAAUGGCGAGGGUCAGGCAGUGAUGCCGCAUAAUCUAAACAUGAAUGUGAUGGGGAGCGACCCUUCUAUGAAGAAGAAGAGAGGGAGGCCAAGAAAGUACGGCCCCGAUGGCGCCAUGUCAUUGUCCGUGGUGACGCCUCCGCCUCCUGCCACCGUCCCUCAGUCUACUACAGGGACGUUCUCUCCUCCAGCUCCGGCAGGAGGAUUGGGUUCACCUUCUUCAUCAUCGAAGAAGGCUAGAGGUCGACCACCUGGAUCAAGCAAGAAGCAACAAAUUGAAGCUCUGGGAUCAGCAGGGGUUGGAUUUACACCGCAUAUUAUGACUGUGAAAGCUGGAGAGGAUGUGUCAUCAAAGAUAAUGUCAUUCUCUCAGAAUGGUCCAAGGGCUGUUUGCAUCCUUUCUGCAAAUGGUGCCAUAUCCAAUGUGACACUUCGCCAAGCGGCAACAUCUGGUGGAACUGCAACAUAUGAGGGGCGAUUCGAUAUUCUGUCACUGUGUGGUUCAUUUCUGCUGACAGAGGUUGGUGGUCAGCGGAGCCGAACUGGUGGGCUGAGUGUCACAUUAGCUGGACCAGAUGGACGUGUUUUAGGUGGCUGUGUUGCAGGACUUCUUACUGCUGCAACCCCCGUUCAGGUGAUUAUGGGCAGUUUCAUCGCUGAUGGUGGCAAGGAAUCAAAGGCAGUAAAUCAAAUGGAACAGCUGUCAGCUCCAUCAAAGCUUGCCCCAGUUGGUGGUGGUGGUGGUGCAACAGGUGCUACCAGCCCGCCAUCGCAUGGGACGCUCAGUGAAUCAUCUGGUGGACCUGGGAGCCCACUCAACCACAGCACAGGAGCUUACAACAACAGUAACCCCCAAGGCAUGUCUACCAUGCCAUGGAGGUGAUCUUUCUGUGGAGCUUGGCUUUCAUUCACCCUUUGAGAGACCCCGUUUGUAAGUUAAGUGCGCGCAUUGUGUAAUUUUAGUGGUGCAGAAUAAAGACAACUGGUGACUUGACUUUGCAGUGUGACCUUGGUCUUGUUAGGAGUAGCCAACCUUGUAGUGACAGUUGGUGCCCUUCUCCAAUUGUGUUGAUAAGUUAUUAAUUAGUUGUGUUAGUAAGGUUCUAUAGAACAGCUCAUGGUGAUUGUAGUAUGUCGGUGUUUUGGCUGUUGUAGUCUCUUUCUGUUCUUUUUAAUUUAUUUUUUGUUGAGAACAGUAGUCUCUGUUGUUGUCCAUUAGAUUUAAAUGGUACCAAACUGUCUCCUUUGUUUUGUUUCUCCAUUGAUCAAGUUUUAGGUUUCCUUAAU